AUGUUCGCCCUGAAACUAGCCGUUCUUUGCACAGUGGUGGCAGCCCUAUCAGCUCAGGAAGCUAAAGAGCCAGUUGAAAUCCUCACUGAAAAAACAUUUGUUAACGAAAAAGGAUAUAACUUUGAAUACAAAACGAGCGAUGGAGUUUCGCGUCAGGAGGAGGGUCAACUUAUCACCGUGGGAGAUCAACAGGGGAUUGGAGUUAAAGGCACCUACUCAUACGUGGCUCCUAAUGGACAGCAGUACAUAGUAUCUUUCACAGCUGAUGAUAAGGGCUACAAACCUACGAUCAGAAUUGGUUCAGACAAUAGUUAA